AUGCGAUCCAAGCGCAUAACCUUCGCUGCUCAGCUGCACAUUGCGUUGCUCCCGAGCCCUCCGAGUCCUGGACUUGACGCGAGUGGAGACGUCCCUCAGGGGUUUCGUCGGAGGCUUCACGCACGGAAGGUGCUAGAUUUGGGGCUGGAGUCAACUACCGCGGUGGGCUUUUCAGGGGCCUUCCACUCAUGGGAGACGCACUGCUACUAG